UUGUAGAUUAAACAUAUUUAUUCUCUUCCAUAGAUCGGCCAUGUCAUCACUUCCAGUCACUGCAUCAAUGGCAGCCCUGCCCCUUUCUCCAUCUAACAAUGGUCAAAAUAUUGUUCGGCGAUCCGGCAAUUACAAACCGGCACUUUGGGAUUAUGACAAUAUCCAAUCACUCCAAAGUAUAUACACGGGAGAAGCCUACGCAGAAAGAAUCAACAAGCUGAAAGGAGAGGUGAGAAUAAUACUUGAGAAGGAGGUGGCUGAAAAUCCUUUAGUUAAACUUGAGCAAAUGGAUACUCUGCAUAAACUUGGAAUAUCUCAUCACUUUCAAGAUGAAAUAAGGGCAAUACUAAACGUAAAAUAUAGUAAUAUUAAUGAUGCAUUAUGGAAGAAAAAUGAUGUGUAUGCCACGGCUCUUGAGUUUCAAGUUCUACGUCUACAUGGAUACACUAUAUCUUCAGAGGUUUUCAAUUUCUUCAAAGAUGGAAUAGAUCAGGACUUCAAGGCAUGUUUGUGUGAUGAUGUGAAAGGAAUGCUAUCUUUAUAUGAAGCUUCAUUCUAUUCGUUUAAUGGUGAAACUAUAUUAGAUGAAGCAAGAGAUUUCACAACCAGAAAUCUUAAAAAAUACUUGAUGAGGCAUAAUGAAGAUCAAAGUAGUGUUGACCAUGAUGAUGAUGAUUUUGUCAUAUUAGUGGAGCAUGCCUUGGAGCUUCCAGUGCACUGGAGAAUGCGAAGGUUGGAGGCCAGGUGGUUUAUUGAUGUAUAUGGCAAAAGACAUGAUAUGAAUCCCACUUUUCUCGAGCUUGCUAAACUUGACUUCAACGUUUUGCAGUCAACAUACCAAGAAGAUUUGAAACAUGUUUCAAGGUGGUGGAGUACUACUAGAUUAGGAGAAAAGCUACCCUUUUGCCGAGAUAGGCAUGUUGAAAUACUUUUAUGGACAGUGGGAAUGAAAUUUGAGGCAGAGUUUGGAUAUUGUAGAAGAAUGAUGGCAAAGAUUGGUGUCUUGUUUUUGAUAAUAGAUGAUAUAUAUGACGUGUAUGGCACCCUAGAUGAGCUCCAACUCUUUCAAGAUGCAAUAGAGAGGUGGAAUAUAAAUGAUCUAGAUCAGCUUCCAGACUACAUGAAAAUAGUUUUUCUUGCUUCUUACAAUGUGGUGAAUGAGAUAGUUUAUGAUUUGCUAAAAGAAAGUGGAAUUCUCAUCAUCAAAUAUAUAAGGAAAGCGUGGACUGAUGUAUGUAAAAGUUUCAUGGUGGAGGCAAAGUGGUAUUAUAAUGGAUACACACCAAGCUUGGAAGAAUACAAUGAGAAUGGAUGGCAGUCAAGUACAUUACCAUUACAUCUAAUAUGUUUUUAUUGCAUUAUUAUGAAUCCAAUAACAGAAGAGUCCAUGGAGUGUUUGCUUCAAAAUCCCACCAUCUUACGUCUCUCAGGAAUCCUUUUCCGACUUGUAGAUGAUUUGGGAACAUCAUCAGAUGAGCUGAAAAGAGGAGACAAUCCUAAAUCAAUUCAAUGCUAUAUGCAUGAAAAUGGUGUUUGUGAUGAAAAUGAUGGUCGUGAACACAUAAGGAAUUUAAUCAAUGAAACAUGGAAGCAAAUAAAUGAAGUUCGAGUGGCAAACUCUCCAUUUUCUCAAACUUUCAUUGAAGGUGUCUUAGAUUUCCUUAGGAUGGCAAUGACAAUGUACCGAAAUGAGGAGGAUAGGGUUGGUAGUAAUCAUGAUUAUUCAAAAAAUCAAAUCAUUUCAUUGUUAUUCAAUCCCAUUCCCACUUGAACCAUAUUUAUGAUAAUGGGCUAGCUACUUUAUAUAUAAAUUAGUUUAUGUUGUUGAGAAUAACUACAAUUAGUUUAUGUUAUAUUAAAUUCUCAAUGCUAAAGAAUACUUUAAGUAUAUGUAAUAUAAAUGCUCCUUUUGUAUUUGUGGUACAUUGUAUACAAUAAUAAAUAUUUGUGACGAACUUUAUUGAUGA